AUGACUCCACUGGGCUUCUGCUUCUGCGCCCCAAGUCUUAUCCUCACCGGACAAGUUUUGCUGGUGGUGACCCAGGCCGAACACAUUGCGGAGUGGGUCCAUAACCCAGUUCGGUUGACUUCAGAGCCCUGGGGGCCGACCAAGCUCCGGUCUUGGCACCCUUCUGAUCAUCGGCCCAAAUCCCCGAAAGCUCAUACAUCCCAGGCAGGUGCAGGGGACUUUAAUUACCUGGGGUCCUCUGCUCCCUCCCAGAUGUUCUCCCCACCCCGGAAGUUGAAGGACAGUUUUCUUUCAUUCCAAGAGAAGGAUACCUCUGCGCAGCCGCACCCAGAGUCAGAUCAGUUCACUGUUCCACAUCAGCGUCUGACCAACAAAAUGACUCCACCCAGGAAGCUGCCAGGGAACAUUUUAAAACUAAAUGGGGAUCAAAAUCAGCCUCCACAAUUUAAAAGUAUUUCGAGUAUGGAUCAGGCUGCAGAUAACCAGUUAUAUGAAAUACUUGUUCCACCACUAGACAGCAAGAGUUCGGGAGUAACAAAGUUCAUAGUUUCACUCCAGGACUUGAAGAAAGAUCUAGCUCAGCACAAGAAACGUGCUAAGGUGGUUGUUGGAACUUCAAACCAACUUGUAAAACCUCAACUGCAGAACAAAACUGUGGAGGAUGAUUAUGGGGACCCAAGUAUGACUGAAGCCAAUUCUGACAGCUUACCUGUGCAAUCCCAGGAAAACAGAAAGGAGCCUCCAGAGCCUUCUGAGCAGGUUGAACCUCCUGAGUACCAGCUGGAGGCACAAACCCAAGAUUCAGAGGAUCUUGGUGUGGUCCAAGAAGGCCCAGAUAGUCUCCCACUGCUCCCUGAGGAAAAUGAACCUCAGAAGGAAGAACCAGUUCCUCAGUUCGUUUCUGAGAUUGCAGCAUUAGAGCAGCCUGAAAUAAAUGGACCAUCUCCGGAUAGAAAUAAAGCUCAGCAUUCAAACUUGUCAAAUGUCACAGCGAAGCCUGAAGAUCUGGAGAUUACAGUUUCAGAGGCAGAUAAGGAGACUCAACAAACUUUGAGUCAGCAGCAGGUCCCGGGCCAUCUUCCAGAAAGUCCUGAGUUGGUAGAAUCUUCAUUAACCCAACAAGAGGCCCCCGUCCAGCUUUCAGAGGAUCUUGAGGAGGUAGCAGCACCUCAGUUAAUCCAACAAGAGGUUGCAGCUCCAAAUUCAGAGUUCUCUCAGGAGUUAGAACCUUCAUUAUCCCAACAGGAGUCCUUAGCUCCAAUUCCAGAGCUCUCUGAGUUUUUGGAACCUCCAUCAACUCAAGAAGAGGCCCCAGAUGAGCUUCCUGAAGACCUUGAAACUUCUGGUAGCCAGCUAGAAGUUCUAGCUCUCCCUACAAAGCCCUAUGAAGAAGUCAAUCCUCCAAUUGAGCAAGAGGCUCCAGUUCCAACUCCAGAAUCCUCUAUGGAGAGUGUAGUUGGAGCUCCAGCAGCAACAGUUCCACAUCCCAGUCAGAAUCAAGUUCACCAUUAUACUUUGCACAGAACUACAGUCAAACCUGUAGAUGUGACAGUUACAAUAACUUCUCAGCCUUUUAAGGAGGUUGGAAUGUCACCAGUUCAGGAGGAGAUUCCAACUCAAACUCCAGGUCCUCUUGUAGAAGCUGAACAUUUUCCUAGCCUGGAGCAGCAGCCAGCUGAACUUUCUGAAUCUCCAGAGGAAGUUGAUUCAUCUGAAAGUGGUCUGGAAGACCAAAUUCAGCUUCCAGAGGAAGCUGAGGAAGAGGAGGAGGAGCCUUCUCCAAUCCAGCAAGAAGUCCAAUCAGUGAAUCCAGGCCCUCUUCUGGAGGAUGAGUCUUUUCCUAUAGAACUAGAGCAGCCAGCUCAACCUUCCGAGUUUCUUGAGGAGGAAGGAUUGGGUCCUGGAAACCAGCCAGAAGCCUUCGCUGCACCUGCAGAGCUCCCUGAGGAAGCCAAGCCUCCAAUCGAGCUACCAGCUCCACUGCAAGCUCCAGAGUCCGCUGUGGAAAAUGUGGGUGAAAUUCCACCAGUUCACCAAAUGACAAUCCAGCCAACUCAGAGUGAAGAGCACCAUUAUCAGUUGCCAAAUGUUACAGUUAGACCUGUGGAUGUGACACUUACCAUAACUUCAGAGCCUACCAAGGAGAUGGAAUCUUCUCUGACCCAGCAGGAGUCCCUAGUGCAUCCUCCAGAGAAUACUGAAGAGAUAGAACCUUUUCUCAAACAGGUUCAGACUGAGCAAAUCCCAAGUGAAGCCACACUUCAACCCAUGGAUAUGGAAUUUCCCAUAACUCCAUAUGCUGCAACUUUUAGCACAGAAAGAGAGUUACUUGUUCAAAUGAAACCAAAUUCAUCCAUGACCACCAACAUCUGUGACUUCUGCUUGUGUGAAAAUGAGACACUACUGUGUAGUCAUCUCAGCCCAAAGCGGAAACUCCACCAGGUGCCUGUGCCAAGGCCCGAAAUCCACAAACACCCCAUAACUGUUUUGAAUUUCCAAGGAAAUUCUAUUUCUUACAUUGAAAAGCAUGUGUGGAAAGCAUACCGUUGGACUGAAACACUAAUUCUCAGUGAAAAUCUCCUGACUGAAUUACAUAAGGAUACAUUUGAAGGCCUGCUGUCCCUCCAGGUUUUGGAUGUAUCUUGCAAUAAAAUACGUUAUAUUGAAAGAAGGACAUUUGAAUCAUUACCUUUUGUGAAGUAUAUGAACCUUGGGUGCAAUUUACUCACUGAAUUGAGCUUUGGAACAUUUCAAGCAUGGCAUGGAAUGCAGUUUUUACAGAAGUUAAUUCUCAGCCGUAACCCUCUGACAGUUGUUGAAGAUCCUUACUUUUAUAAGUUGCCAGCAUUAAAAUAUCUAGACCUGGGGACAACACAAGUGCCACUGACGGCGCUUGAGAAUAUCCUCAUGACGACUCUGGAGCUGGAACGUCUGAUCUUACCUAAACACAUGGUCUGCUGCCUUUGCAAAUAUAAAGCAGAUAUUGAGAUCGUCUGCAAGACAAUCAAACUACAUUGUCAUAUUGGAUGUCUGAUAAACACCACAUAUUGUCUUGAGGCAUCUAUAGGGAACCCAGAAGGACCAUUCAUGAAGGUGUUGCAGUCCCGGAAGGAGAACACCAGUACAGAGCUUGCUAUUGAACCAGAAAGCAGUGCUUUAGAAAAAGAUGCUCUUAGCUCUUCAGGCUUCAUGAACGAACCGCUGGACUUUAACGAUGAAAGUGAUGUUAUUAGUGCCCUAAAUUACAUACUGCCAUAUUUCUCAGAGGGAAAUCUGGAAGAUGUAGUGUCGACAUUGUUACCAUUCAUUAAACUGCUGUUUUCUAAUAUACAAAAUGUAGAUGAUUCACUGGAACCCUACAAAAAUGAUUCAAAGAGCCUUGCUCCUGUACCAAAGGCAAGUAAGAUGGCUUACAAAAAUAAACUGAAUAAGCUUUAUUUUCUAGAGAAUUUGUUAGACGCAGAAAUUGAUGAGGUUAGAAAGAAAGAGAAAACCGCCAUGCUUAUGCAACAGUCUAGCCGCUUGGGUUCCAAAUUUAAACGACGAAUAUUUGAAAAGAGAUGGGAACCUGCCCAGGCAGAGGAAAGCAGUCUUGCAGAGAUUGAGAAGGCAGAGAAAAGGCUCCACAGGAUGAACAGAGUGCUCAAGGGGACAGGAAGCAUACAGAAAAGGCAUUUCAAGGACGAGAGUGCCAAGAGCCUGUGGAGCAAGCAGAGUGACCAAGCACCUGUGGAGAACAUCACCAAAGAUGGGCAGAAGCCCAGGAAGUUAGUGGGGAAUUCCUUCCACUCAGAGCCCUUGCUCCCAAAGGAACACGGGGAGGCAGUGUCUUCUUCCCCAGAACAGUCCCUGGUGGACGAGGCUCCCACUACAAAGUCUCUACCUGAGUUCAUAGAGAGACGAAAAGACUUGUCUUACACCCUUUAUGUUUUAGAAAGUGCAAAUGCCAAUGUGAAAAGAACGAAGGGGUCUAAUCCUAAUUUCCAGUCUGAAGAGAGACAUCGAAACCUUAGGAAGAAAAAGUCUCAUUUCCAGUUGAUUGCAAAGAAGCCGGCAUCCUCUGUAAUGAGGAGCCUGGUAAAUUCCCCUGCUGGAGGGGUCUUUCCAUCUUUAGGAGACCUGGGUUAUGCAGAAGAACCUUUUUCAGAAUUAUAUGCUGCUUCAGAACCUUCUACAGAAAAACCGCCUGAAAAUAAUCAUACAACAACAGUUAAUACUGGAGGAAGCAGCUUCAAACCAACCACAACUACUGUGUCUGAAAGAGCUGCAUCAGAGACUACAACCCCUGAGAAUCUGGCUACAGAGUUGAACGGGACCACAUCCAAUUUAAUUCCAACUGCUAAGCAAACCAGUGAGCCACCGUUAGACUUCGUCUUGGGGUCUCACUCACAUGACCAUUUCAAAGAAUAUGAGUACCCGUUGGUGAUGUCACCAGGUGAUCAGUUUGAAUCUCAUCUAAACAAGCAGCUGCGGCCCCUUAUCCCCAACAAUAACGUGAGGAGGCUUAUUUCUCAUGUUAUCAGGACUUUGAAGAUGGACUGCACUGACUCCCGCGUGCAACUGUCCUGUGCCAAGCUCAUCUCCAGAACAGGGCUCCUGAUGAAGCUUCUCAGUGAGCAACAAGAAUUCAAGUUGUCCAGGACCGACUGGGAUACUGAGCAGUGGAAAACCGAGAACUACCUCAAUGAGACCACAGAAGCCCAAGGUGAACAGAAGGGUCUGGAACCAAGUCAGCUCACAAAAGCAGUUCCAGGAUACGGCUACAACAAUAAAGUCAUCUUGGCAAUAUCUGUAACUGUAGUCGUGACAGUUUUGAUUAUCAUUUUCUGCCUCAUUGAGGUUUAUUCUCACAGAGCAACAAGAGAGGGAGAUGAAGAAAAGUCCACAAGGCAGGUCAAGGAAGAAGUGGUGGUGAUUCAGACCAGAGUGUCGACCACUGAUGCAGAAGAGAGCGAAGCAGCCGACGCUGAGACCACAGAAUGA